AUGAGCGACGACGAGCCAACGACGCCGACAACGCGCCGCCUCACGCGCAGCAUGACCAAGGCAGGCGUCACGGACGACACGGCGCCAUCGCCCAAGAAGGCCAAGAAGACCGCCAAGGCGCCGGCCAAGCCCGUGCCCAAGCUGCUCUACGGCCAAAUCGACCCCAUUGCACAAGAGGCGCUUGCCGCCAAAGGCAAGACGUCACUGUCGCUGAUGCUGGGCGCUGACGGAGCCCGCGUCGACGCGUCACUGGCGCUCGUAGACAUUGCCAAGAACAUGGACAAGUACUACCUCCUGCAGGCGAUCCGCGCCGAGCCCGACGCCGCGUUCUUUGUGUUUGCGCGCUGGGGCCGGACCGGGUCCGCGGGCCAGAGCAAGCUCGAAGGUCCAUUCUCAACCAGCGACGAGGCCCAAGCCGAGUUCGACAAGAAGUUUCUCGAAAAGACGGGCCAGGCGUGGGCGGCGCGGUCGGCGUUCGAGGUGCAGACCGACAAGUACGACCUCCUCCACGUCGACUAUGGCGCCAAGAACGGUGGUCUCUGGGAGUACUACAUGGACGACCACGUGGAUGGCAAGGCCACGGGCUGGUACGCCUACACUGACGAGGGCGUGAACCAGACCGAGAUGCUCUGGUCGACGUUCCAGUCCAACCAAGCGUACAACCGGCGCAUCGUGGCGUCGGGCUACUUUUCUUACAUGGUCGACCUCCAGAACAUGACGCAGAUGAACAUUUCGAGCAACAAGACGCGCCACAUCCGCCGGACCUUCAACGGCAUCAUCACAGCGUCCGCGGCGGCUCAGUCGCUCCCAAUUGAGACCGUCGCACCACCUGCCGACGCCGAAGACGACGAGCGCGAUAGCGACAACGAAGGUGACGAAGCGUAG